CUUAUGUCCAAGGUGUGUAAGCAGGUUUCGGCCACUCCGCUCCUAUAGAGAGGAAGAGAUUUUGAUGAACCUCUCCAAAACUACUAAUAUUGAUUUAGAUUUGAUUUGACUGCAUUGUUGGGGGAGAGAUAAAGAAGAACAAGGCUGUUUUCUCGUUGGAUGCCAGUGGGGUCCUGUCUUUGGAGAUGAGUUCUGCUAGAUACCAAGGCCAGAAUGGCAACCAAGAGCAGAUAGUGUUCCUAACCAGAAAAGAGAAGUCAUCUUCGAAGAAGACCGGCAUCCUGAUUGGUGUUCUUGUGGGGCUCUUUGCUGUCUUGUCUGUUGUGGCAUUCCUUGUUUGGUUCUUCGUCUUUAGACAUGCCGAUUCUCAAAACUCAACGCAACUAAAACCAUCAGUGAAGCUUUUCAGUGGUCAAAUUAAACUGGCUGGUAUGAGUUAUGACGAAAAGCUGGAGGAGACAACCAGUCAAGAAUUCCAGGAUUCAGCUGAAAAAUUGGAGAAGCUUUUGGGUGAAUACUACCAGAAUGAUCCACUCCUUACCAAGUAUUACACAACAUCUGCAGUCACUGCCUUUAGUGAAGGAGUUGUAGCCUAUUACUGGUCCCAGUUUGAUAUUCCAGUCGCCGACCUAGAGAUUGUGCCGGAGUUCUCAGAGGAACGGGUUUUGGAUGCACUGGAGAAAGGCGUUGAGGUGCAACGCUCUAGGACCAGCCUUAAUGACAUCAAGGUUAUCGAAAUUACUGCUUCACGCACAGAUCCUCGCUUGGCCAGGAAACCCACAGCGGACUGUUUCUUUCGUCUGGAAGCAGUUGAGGAUGUGCAAGUGUUUUCAUCCCCUGGGUACCCCGACGGCAACCCGACAAAGUCUUAUUGUCAGUGGCAAAUCCGAGCCUCAGAGGAGAACACCAUAUCAGUCAGUUUUCCAUCUUUCGACAUUGAAGACGACUGCAACAAUGACUUUGUUUCCAUCUUUAACUCUCUGAGUCCUGAUUACUCCCACGCCAUCACAAAACAGUGUGGCCAAAGGCCUCCCUCUAACCCACUGGGCGUUGUGUCAUCUGGUAACAUAAUGCUGAUUAACUUCAUUGCCGACACCCUUGUCCAAAAGCCAGGCUUUGAGGCGCAGUACAAAAUCAUACCCAAGGCUCAAGUUCGUCAGUGCGGUGGUGACCUCACUAAAAGCGAAGGAAAUUUCACAUCUCCGCUUUACCCCAGCUUCUAUCCUCCUGGCAUGGACUGCAAGUGGACCAUCAAGGUCUCUCAAGGGAAAAAGGUACGUCUGAGUUUCAACAUGUUUCGCAUGAAAGAGCCAGGCGUAGAUUUCCGCAAGUGUCACAAAGACUAUGUGGAAAUCAUGGGGAAGAGAUACUGUGGAGAAAUGUUGUCUUUGGCUCUGACCAGUGAGUCUAAUGUCGUAGAGGUGAGCUUUCACUCCGAUAGGUCCUAUUCUGACAAGGGCUUCAAAGCAGAGUACAGCGCCUUCGAUCCUGUUAACCCUUGUCCUGACAGGUUUUCCUGCAACAAUGGCAUAUGCAUCUCAAAAACUCUAAAGUGUGAUGGUUGGAACGACUGCGGCGACAUGAGCGACGAAAGGAACUGCCGCUGUGACGAUGACCAGUUUCCUUGCAGUAAUGGUUUGUGCAAACCAAAAAUGUGGACGUGCGAUCGUGUCAACGACUGUGGAGAUGGGAGCGAUGAAAAACAAUGCACCGGUUGUGAGCCAAACGAGUGGCAGUGUGGGAACGGAGUUUGUCUUCCUCAAGAUGUUAUCUGCAACAAAUUGAAGGACUGUGUGGAUGGAAGCGAUGAGGCCUCAUGCCAAAGAUCACCCCAAGAUUUGUGCUCUGACUUCAGCUUUAAGUGCGACAACGGGGAAUGCAUCAACAAGGUGAAUGCUGAAUGUGACCGUGUCAACGACUGCUCUGAUAGUUCGGAUGAAGCAUACUGCCGAUUGGGCCGACAUAAUAUUCAUUCUCUGAAACCAUUCUCUGAAACAACUUUAGAAUGCGGCACCAGGCCUUACAAGCUGAACCGCAUUGUUGGAGGACAGAACGCCGAACUUGGAGAGUGGCCCUGGCAGGUCAGCCUUCACUUCCGGACGUCCGGCCAUGUUUGUGGUGCCUCGGUCAUCUCAGAGAAGUGGCUCCUGUCCGCCGCUCACUGUUUUAUCGUCCAUAACUCCCCAGAAAACCUUGUUCCAGCAAACUGGAUUACCUACAGUGGUCUGCAAUCCCAGUUUAAAACGGAGGACGCUCAGAUGCGUAAAGUGAACAGGAUCGUCUGCCACCCACAUUAUAACCCAAUAACCAAUGACUAUGACAUUGUACUGCUAGAGCUCAGUGAGCCACUGGAGUUUAGCAACACCAUCCAACCAAUCUGCCUCCCAUCAUCCUCCCACCACUUUCCUGCAGGAAUGUCCUGCUGGGUCACGGGCUGGGGCGCGGUCCGGGAAGGAGGUAUGGGGGCGAUGGUGCUGCAGAAGGCGAUGGUGAAAAUCAUCAAUGACACUGUGUGCAACAUGGUCACAGAGGGCCAGGUCACCUCCAGGAUGCUCUGCAGUGGAUUCCUGAUGGGAGGAGUUGACGCUUGCCAGGGAGACUCCGGAGGCCCCCUGUCGUGUUUCGAGGAGAGCGGGAAGUGGUUUCAGGCUGGCAUUGUGAGUUGGGGUGAGGGCUGUGCUCGUCGGAACAAGCCAGGAGUCUACACCCGCGUCACCAAGCUCAGAGAAUGGAUCAAACAGGAGACAAACAUUUGAUGACGAAGAUGAUGUAAAAACCUGGACGGGGAACAUCAGAGUGCUAAAAAAUGCUGAAGACAGAACAUUUUAAUAUUAUUCGAGCCAAGCCUCUUUGAAUUUUAUCUAUUUAACAGCCAGCUGCGCAUACUGUUGCAUGGGGGCCAGCUGUUCACAUGAAUGACUUUAAGCACUUUGUGGUUGCCAACCUCUCACAGGAACUCCACAGACUCAAGUUUUAUAUACUUUCUAAAGGUGUUUCUUUGCUGCAUGUCAUUCUGCCAUCUAUUAAAGCAAUACGUAACUGGUGGAUACACGCUACAGUAUGUACAAAGAAUGGAACAUGUAUGAUUAGGGGAAUGCUUUUUCUCCCGCUGGUUGUUUGGUUUAACUUUUUUAACAUUUUACUUUGCUUUUUAAAAACUUAUUCUUUUUUCAUGUACAGUGUCAUUUACUUCAAAAGUGAUUUUAUUAAUAAUAUUUUUCUGUCUUCUGUAUUUAAACACUGGUUGUGGCAGGUUGUUAAUGUUCCACCAUUUUGUUACAGCUUUCGCAUCAAAUUUAAAGUUAAAAUUAAACCACUAAUUUGAGUGAAAAAACUAAAACUGACUUCACCAAUAAGGAAAAAUGGUACAACGCAAUUUAUGUACAGUCAUUUUCAUGUUAUGCUUAGAAUGCAUAAAUACCAGGAGCUGGCUGGAAUGGAAGUCAGAAAUUGCAUUAAUCAUUCUAAAAGCCUGUUAUUUGCUUUGGAAAACGGCCAGCAGUUAAAGUACGCCAGAUUUGUAACUGGUGGGCCAAACUAGGCAAAAAUAUCAGCAUGGAACUUGAAUAAUAGUACUAGUGUUUCAAUUUUUCUUAUCUGUAUUUUUCUGUUUUUGUAUUUGCAUUUUGACUAGCUUUUGCCUAAAUGUGUAAUGACUUGACAAGAUAUUAUAUACAAAUGGGUGGGUGGAGGUGGAGGAGUACAUCCAGCUGGUUUUACCACAGUUCUCUGAUUAAAACUCAGGAUGAUGAGUGUCUUUGGUACCGGACAUUUGAGAGUUAAACCACAGCUAAGAGUAUUUCUACUCAAAACCAAUUUGACAGGAUAGUUAAUUUUAUAUAGGACUUGUUUUUGAUUGAUAAACUAGUAAAACCAAUGAUGUACUGUAAAUGUGUAUUCUUUGUAAAACGUUUUAGGGAUAUUAGGUAUGGAUUGGCGCGUCAUUUUCUUUGUAUGAUAAGUUUGAAUAAAAAAAAAAAUUGAAACUCAAA